UUGAUAAACCGAAUCUUCGGAGUAGAAGUUGCGCAUGUUGCUGAUAACAGGCCUGGAAAAGCAGUGAUUGAGGAAGAGCUGAUCUCUCCUCAAAAUGACCGAUUCAUCUUACACGACAGCCGAGGCUUCGAACCGGCUGAAGGCAGCAACUAUGAUACCGUAAAGUCAUUCAUAGAGACCAGGAAGAAGAUGCCACAUAUCAAAGAUCAGCUUCAUGCAGUGUGGUUGUGUUUCCCGGUACCUAUUAUAGAAUUUGGUGAACGACUUUUGGAGGAGGGCGCAGAAACAUUCUUGGAGCAGUCGAGCGAAGCCCUAGGGAAUACUCCGACUGUUGUUGUAUUCACGAAAUACGAUAACCUCAUAGCGUAUAUGCAAGUAUCAGGUGAAGAGGAUCCUGAAGCAGGGGCGGAGCGUUAUCUGCAAAAAUAUUGUGUCAAGCCAAUUCAAGAGUUCUUGAAAGUCAAGGACAUUUUGCAUGUUGCAAUUAGCUCAAACCGUAUGUGUGAGCGAGGGCAUGGCGAGCUGACAAACCUCACCUAUGAGAGGGUAUCUGAAAGCUUCGCCUCCCAGCCGAACAUGGUAUCACCGGUUCCUUUUGCGGCCGCAGGAGCUCAAAGGAUGGUACCUAGAGUAAAGAUUGAAUCAUCAAUUAACGUGGGAAAGCAGAGGUAUUGGAGAGCACUCGCUACCAGCACAAAUUUUUGGGGUUUUACGAUGCUGGACUGCCUUGGUGUGAUACACACCGACAUCACCUCAGUCUGGAACUUCUAUGAUCCUUCUGCGUACCUGAGUAGCAAAGAAUUUCGAGAUUUGAUGGUUAACAUGGUCGGCAACGUGGAUGUACUGACCGAGUCGUCCUGUGCAUCUACCCAUCUUGGUCGUAGUGACACCAUUUCGGGUAAUGCCAUCCCUCUCAUGACUGCAAUGGUCGUGAUUCUGCCAUUCAUUGCCGGCUUAGCCCUUGUCCAAUGGGUCAACGAAUCCUACCAACGACUGCAAAAUGUACAUCAAAAGUUUAUGGCAUACAUCGUCGACUUGACGCACGUUCUGGAAAUAUUAUUUGCACUCACAGGUAACAAGAAGGGAAAGAAACUUACGCGAAGGGCGAUUAAGCUGGCCUUCACUGCUUACUAUGAAUCGUCAUGGAUGAGAAACGUUCAUGCGUCGAUUAGGCAGUUCAAGCAUACGAUCACAGAUCACGACAUGAUUCUCGAAAAGAUUGAGGCUCUGGUCCUUGCGAGUGGUAGGGAAACAUGUGUGGCCAGCGUGGUUGAACAGAUACGGUCGGUCGACCUGGAGCAAGAUGAAGAAUGGCACACUUGAUGAUAUAGCCUACUGAAGGCUUCCCCAUUUCUGUUCUGCUCUUUACCCGAUAACUUUUGUGUCGUUUGGCUAGCCUCCGUUGUUAUGUUGUUGUUUUUUUUUUCACGUCAUUGUUAUGAUCAUCUGUAAUAGCUCGAAGGUGCCUCUGACUACAAAAUGGAGCAUAUCUCCAGAUCCACUGUGGCAAGCACAAUAUACAAUAUACCAUUCAAAAGCCC